AGCCAUGCUCAGCUACAGCACGAUGGACAGAGUGGACCUAUAUGGUAUUCAGCGCUAUGGGGGAGCUCCUUGGAAGUCCACAGCAGAGAAAGGUGAUGUGGAGGCCGUGGAAGCUCUCAUGUACAUGAGCAACCGAUGGAAAACCGAGCCCAAAAGUUACAUUGAUCUAAGGCCGAUCACCCCAGCGUCCGAUCUCUCCGAGAACGAAGACAGCAUGAUCACAGCCGAAUUGAACGCCAUGCCGCCUUUUUGUCUGACCCCUCCAUACAGCCCUCCCGAAUUUGAAAUGUCACAUUCCCCGAGCAUCAAUCCAGUGUCUCCAGGUACCGAGAAGUGUAAGCUUGUCGCCAGCACAACCCCAGAUAUUGCACCAACCCAUCAGAAAGCCCAGGCGACGAGCGUCAUCCGUCAUACUGCGGACCCACAGUUCUGCAAUCAACGUGUGUUUACACCGAAGAAUUGCGACGCUCAUGACGCAGGCAUUGGCACUCAGCAUCAAAGUUCUGUUGUGCAUUCUGGUGAAUAUAAACCGCCUCUUCCUGAGCAAAUCAAGACUGAAACGCAGGUUCCCCCUUCCUACUUGCCUGCAAGCAGUAACUAUUCUAGCGUCCCUUUUGUUCCUCUUCAGGCCUGCAAUGGCAAGCCCAGUUCCCCCGAUGCCUGCGUUAUUCCAGUGCAGGUCCCAUCACCCCCAAUGCUGGUGUCCACGCCGGUAACAGCAAAUGCAGUGCCGCAGGUGCCAGUCCUUUGUCAAAUGGUCCCCUUUUCUUCAAGCAAUUCGAUGUUGACAACAGUGAUGGCAAGCACUCCUGCCCAGCCCCAAGCAGUCAUGCAGUCUGUCUUCUACAUGGGAACACAGGUGCCUAAAGGGACGGUGAUGUUUUUGAUGCCCCAGCCGCUACUGCACAAUGCAAAGACUCUGUUGACCAGCGGAACCAGAUUGUCUCCAAUAGCACCAGCACCUGGAGUCUCUGCUUCCGAAGCCAAAUUUUCCUCUCCUAUGGAUGCAUCCCGCAUAAGAAGCCACGUCUGCAACCAGCCUGGGUGUGGGAAGACGUACUUCAAGAGCUCUCACCUGAAAGCCCACAUGAGAACUCACACAGGAGAGAAACCCUUCAGUUGUAGUUGGGAAGGCUGCGAAAGAAAAUUUGCUCGCUCUGACGAACUGUCCCGUCACCGCCGCACGCAUACCGGUGAAAAGAAGUUUGCGUGUCCAAAAUGCGACCGUCGCUUUAUGCGCAGCGAUCACCUGACCAAGCACGCCAGGCGACACCUCUCUAACAAAAAGCUUCCUACUUGGCAGAUGGAAGUCAGCCGCUUAAGCGACAUUGCUCUGCCACAAGCCUCAGCCCCCGUGCAGUGAUUGCGGUCGGCAGAGCAUGUAUCUCUCUUGUUAUAAGUUCGUGGCAUGUCGCCGGAUAGAACCGUGAUGACAAGUCGCCUUCACUCCAUGAUGGACGCGAGUCUGAUUAGCCGAAUGGAAAUGCGGUCUGUGAAGCAACAGUGGCGGUGACUGAAAGACUUUUACGAGGAUUCUGUUUCCUGUAAUUGUUAUCUGCUGUUGUUUUGCACUGGAGAAGACGGUUGAAUGCAGGUUUUCUUGUGCAGCGCUGUCGGUGGUGCUGCCAGGACAGUGUGUGUGUUUAUGAAUUCAGCCGAUUUGCUACUAGUACCGCUUACAAAGCGUUGUAAGCUUUUUAUUACUACCUGGGUCAAAGUGGCUUUAUUUUGGCUAUUAUAGGGUGCCUGAUUUGUAAUUAACUGAGUUAGGUUGGGGUGUGUUAUACCCGACUCGAGAUAUAAAGACCCCUCGUCUACUAACCAUUCUAGUACAUUGAAGGU